UGGUGAAAAAAAUCGAUUAUUGAUUAAUCGCGAGUAUGUUAUGGACGAGUAUGAAUCGAUUAUUAAAUUUUCAAAAAUCAAUUUUUUAUUUAUUUAAAAAAAAAAAAUUUUUGCAUUAUUUUAUUUUGUAAAAAAUGUUAUACCGGGAGUUGAACGUCACAAACGCGCCCAGUUCCAGUUAGCAAGCGCAUGUAACGGCAGCCAGAGCAGGUGUGUAAAAUGGAAGAACCAGGAACGAGCAACCGAUCCACCCAGCUCCAUCUGGGCUCAAAGCAAGCGUGUGGAUUCAUUUUGGUUUUCAUGGCAGCAGCUCUAAACAUGUUGAUAAAACGCAUGCCGUCUGUCGACAUUGCCACACUAAACUGAAGUACUGCGGCAAUACGAGCAACUUGAGGGCCCACAUUUCCCGCUUUCAUCCAGAGGAGGCAGGGUGGGUUAAAGACGACCGCCUGAAGCCCGUCAUCCCACCAAAACAGCGCACUCUCCACGAUAUGACAAAAUUGGCCCCGGAUCGGAGAGAGCUAAGAAAAUCACAACGUCGAUAUCUUAUUUUAUAGCUAAAGAUAUGAGGCCAUACAGUGUGGUGGAAAACCAAGGCUUCCGCUACAUGGUCCACAGUAUGGAGCCAAAGUAUGUGAUACCAUCCCGGAGCUUUUUUUACACACAAGUCGAUUCCUAUUCUUUACAAGGAGACAAAGUUUUUAGUGCAAGUGUCCCUCAAGUCUGCUCCCAGGGUAGCAAUAACUUGCAAUGCCUGGACCUCCAGAGCCACCGUCUCAUAUGUGACCGUUACAGCUCAUCAUGUCAACAGUGAGUGGAAGCUAAUUUCAUACGUGCUUCAGACGAGAGCUAUGGAUGAUAGCCACACGGGCGCUAAUAUUUGCGAGUUUCUCAAAGCUGUGGCGGACGAGUGGGGGAUAGAGACACACGACCUGGUUCUAGUCACCGACAACGCUUCAAAUAUGAAUGUGGCUGCAGAGCUUGGCAACUUUCUACAUGUCCGUUGUUACGCUCACACUCUAAACCUCGCCUGCCAACGAGCGCUGAAGUUGCCCGCUGUAGCCCGACUGUUGGGUCGAGUCAGACGGAUCACCGCCUCCUUCCACCGCAGCACCACAGCCAGUCAUGUGCUGGAACAAAAGCAGGCCCUACUCGAACUGCCUAAACACAAACUGAAGACAGAUGCUCCAACAAGGUGGAAUAGUGGCUUUGACAUGGUUGAUCGGUUCCUUGAACAGCAGCCUGCCAUCUGCGCUGCGCUCCUCUCCCCUCAAGUGAGGAAAGGUGCGCAUGACAUCUGCACACUGAGUGAGGGAGACGUGUCCGGCGCUGAACACCUUGUGAAGACCCUCAAGCCCAUGAAAUUGGCCACCACCACAAUGUCAGGAAAGCAUGCCUACUCUCUCAAUCAUCGCCCCACUACACACACAGCUCCUGGCCGACUUCACCCCUGCACCAGAGGAUGAUCCGAUGACCCGGGAAAUCAAGCAUGCCAUCCGGGAAGAUUUGAGGAAGAGAUACACAUCUACAAAAGAGAGGCACACACUCCAUACAGCAUCUUGCCUGGAUCCUCGCUUUAAAGCUCUCCCAUUUCUUUCAGAGGAUGAAAAAGUGGAGACAUACAGCAGAGUGACUACAGAGGCUGCAUCAUCCCUCGAGGUGAUGAGGCAAGAGCCUGAAGUCCCUGAGGGGGAAGGUGAUGACAUGGCUGAGGGGCAUGAUGACGGUGAGGAGGAUGAUGCAGUUCAGAAGGUUUGCGACGAAGCCCUGAAGCUGGAUGAAGAUGCCCCUUCCACGCCCUCUACCUCAAGACCAUCUUCUCUGACUGCACUGCUGGGCCAAACAUUUAAUGUUGCUGUCACCACAGCAGAGCCCAAGUCGGCACACACCAGGGCUGAGGAAGAGGUUCGCAUGUAUCUGGAGGCCCCUUCACUUCCUCUCACCGAUGACCCCCUUGAGUGGUGGAGCACCAACCAUCAUGUGUAUCCUCUCCUAGCUAAGCUGGCCAAACGAUAUUUUUGUAUCCCAGGUGCGAGCGUUGCUGCAGAGAGAGUGUUCUCCACUGCGGGAGACAUUGUGUCAGCACAACGGAGCACACUCACGCCACAACGUGUACCAGCUGGUCUUCCUCCAUAA